AUGUCGACAACUGGCGACGAAGAAAUAAUACCUGCAGAUGUCGAUGAACCUCCUGAACUACAGGCCAAGGAAUUCACCAAAGCUCCCAUUUGUCCUAAAACUGAUCGCGCCGAGUCCCUGAUCACAAGAGGUUUACACAUCACAGAACCCGAGAUACAAAAAUCCGAAAUACAUAUCACCACCGACCUAAUGCGCCGACGAUCCUUGAUGAGUACAGCCAGUCUCGCAUCUACCGCCGAGCUUACCAGCGAUGGGGGCUUUACAAGUCCUGCUCGCACAAAUACACCUAGCCCACCAUUCCCAAAUACAUCAUACUAUUCAAUGGGCCGGAAAUCGGCAUAUCCUCCACCUGCUCCAGUCGUAUCUCAUGAAGUGGCCGAUCCAAUCAUCGCAGUCCACGCGGAAAUACUCCACGUUUCACCGAAAGCAGCACCAGUGGUACCCCUCGUGGCCGCUCCAAAGAAACGUUGUAUUAGUUUCGCUUGUGGUGCGCAGAAGGACCCCGCUCCCAAGCCAACGGCGAUUGCCGUCGCGAGGCCUCUUGAACCCGCAGCUCCUAUUGUCGAAGCUUUGAGACGCAAAUGUACCAUUAAAUUUGCUUGUCCUUCCAAGCCCACAGAAAAGCACGCGGAAAAGCCGGCAGAGAAGGUUGAAAUCACCGAGAAAACAUCUUAUUCGAAACUCGCUCUGGCAGAUACCCCACCAGCACGAAGACGCGUUUCGAGUCGAUCACCAUCUACUUCUAGAAAACCUAGACCAACCCCUACAUCUUCCCUUCGUCCUCAUCGCGAAUCCACGGGUACUGUAAGACGUGCAUCUCAGAGUCCUGUUGCAAUUAGAUGUAAGCCAAGGUAUGUCAUUGCCGGUGAAAAGGAUCUACAAUCUGAAGCUGCCCGAUUCCACGAAUUCUGCAGUGAAGGUCUAGAAGAGGAUGACUGGAUCCGCAAAGAUGAAGAAGUCCCCAAGGCCCGAAUCACUAUCAGCGAUACCCUUGCCAAAGAGAUUGAGAUCCGCAGACUUGGGUCAGAAGCAGAGGAAGAAGCUUUGGAGGAAGAUGACGACGAGGAAUUUGAUGAUGGAAACGACUCCGAUAACGAAGAUGGCUCGGAUGAGGAAGAUGAUGAGGAUGAUGAGACUGAUCGUGUUUACUCUGAUGAGGAUUUCACAGACGGAAAUGAGACCGAUAACGAAGCGGGUUUCGCUGAUUCCGAUGACGAAGACGAUACCGAAGGUGAUUUUAAUUUCUGGACACCUGGCAGAUUGGAACAAGCUCGUUUCCCAAUCAUCAAUACUGAAAUCAGCACUUAUCGUGCCUCUGCAAACCGUACUGCAUCAGCAUCAUCCAUCGAAUCCCUUAAUGGUGAAGCUCCUAUAAGAGAGUUGUCGAGAGGAAAGCGAAGACCAAAGAAGACUCACAGCAUCAAGAUCCGCCCAGGAACUCCAGAUCUCCCUGAUAGUACCGACUUUGUUUGUGGAACACUUGAUGAGGAUCGUCCUCUUGAAGAUGCUUACGUCUCUUGCAUGACAGCCAGAAAAUAUGCCAAGCACAUCGCCACUCCUCAAGACAUUGAUCCAUCUUUCCCAACCUCUGAUCCCGAGGAUGAAGAAGAUGAGGAAGACGAUGCCGCAAAGACAAUCGAGAGUGACGAACAUGUUUGGAUGCAAGGAAAGUUUGAAGAUUCUGACUCGGAACGUCGUCGUUCAAGAUCUCGUAAAUCUCCUGGUCACUCUCCAAGAAGAUUACAUUCUCCACCACCAAAACAACGCCUUCGCUCUCCACCUCCCAAGCAGCGUCUCCGAUCUCCACCACCCAAGAAACGUCUUCAAUCACCUCCUCCCCGCAAGUUGUUUGGCAAUGAAUCUCCAAAACAUUUACGAUCUCCACCACCAGCACGUGCAAUCCACUCUCCUCCUGGAUCACCUUCAGGAAGCGGAAGUAGGCCAAUCAAGUUCGCACCCUUAGGAUCUAGACCAGGAUUGACUCACACCAAGUCUCUUCCUCGUACACCAAAUGCCUUCUGUCGUCAAUAUACUGCUAAUCGCAUUGCUGCAGCCAAUGAGAUCGCAGCAAAGGAUGAUGGUGAUGGACCAUUACGAGGAGCAAUCGACAUUGUCAAAGGUCUUGAGCAAAAGCGACAAAGACGAAAGGAGAAGUUUUAUCAAAAGCAUUGCGCCAAUCGUGCACGUAAAGCUCAACCAGAGCGUAGACCUCAACCUGGCAAGGGAGCUGAACGUAUGCGUGAAUUGGGAUUACUCAUGGCUGGCAAGACGGGUACUAAUGACCCAUACAUGCUUUCUGCAUAA